AUGUUGAACGGGCUCCCCCACUUAACACAGAGCGAAAGCGCAUCAGAAACUACGACACAGCACAAGACGACUACUCAGCUUUCAAUGACUGCCCAGCAGCUGAUAACUUCCCAUCUCCCGACUUCAAAUCUGUCCCAGCCUCCACCUUACUUGUUCCCAAUAGCUACCCAGCCUCUGGUGGCAAACGUGUGCCAUGUAGCUACACAGCCUCCACCUAACUUGUUCCCAAUAGAUACCCAGCCUCUGGUGGCAAACGUGUCCCCAAUAUCUACACAGCCUCCACCUAACGUGUCUCCAAUAGAUACACCGCCUCCACCUAACGUAUAUCCAAUAGUUACACAACCACCAUCUAACUUGUCUCCAAUAGAUACACAGCCUCCACCUAACGAAUCUCCAAUAGAUACACAGCCUCCACCUAACGUGUCUCCAACAGAUACACAGCCUCCACCUAACGUGUCUCCAAUAGAUACACAGCCUCCACCUAACGUGUCUUCAAUAGUUACACAGCCAACACCUAACGUGUCUCCAAGAGUUACACAGCCACCACCUAACGUGUCUCCAAUAGAUACACAGCCUCCACCUAACGUGUCCCCAAUAGUAACACAGCCUCCACCUAACAUGUCUCAAAUAGUUACACAGCCUCCACCGAACGUGUCUCCAAUAGAUACACAGCCUCCACCUAACGUGUCACCAAUAGAUACACAGCCUCCAGCCAACGUGUUCCCAAUAAUACACAGCAUCAUACCUAACGUGUCUCCAAUAGAUACACAGCCUCCACCUAACGUGUCUCCAACAGGUACACAGUCUCCACCUAACGUGUCUUCAAUAGAUUCACAGCCCCCACCUAACGUGUCUCCAAUAGAUACACAGCCUCCACCUAACGUGUCUCCAAUAGUUACACAGCCUCCACCUAACGUGUCUCCUAUAGCUACACAGCCUCCACCUAACGUGUCUCCAAUAGAUACACAGCCUCUACCUAACGUGUCUCCAAUAGAUACACAGCCACCACCUAACGUGUCCCCAAUAGAUACACAGGCUCAACCUAUCGUGUCUCCAAUAGAUACACAGCCACCACCUAACGUGUCUCCUUUUGUUACACAGCCCCAAACCAACCUGUCUCCAAUAGAUACACAGCCUCCACCUAACGUGUCUCCAAUAGUUAUACAGCCUCCACCCGACGUGUCCCCAAUAGAUACACAGCCACCACCUAACGUGUCUUCUAUAGUUACACAGCCUCAACCUAACGUGUCUCCAAUAGUUACCCAGCCACCAUCUAACGUGUCCCCAAUAGCUACACAGCCUCCACCUAACGUGUCUCCAAUAGAUACACAGCCUCCACCUAACGUGUCGCCAAUAGAGACACAGCCUCCACCUAACGUGUCUACAGUAGAUACACAGCCAUCACCUAACGUGUCUCUUAUAGUUAUACAGCCACCACCUAACGUGUCUCCUAUAGUUACAGAGCCUCUACCCAACGUGUCUACAAUAGAUACACAGCCAACACCUAACGUAUCUUCUAUAGUUACACAGCCUCCACCUAACGUGUCUCCAAUAGAUACACAGCCUCCACCUAACGUGUCUUCAAUAGUUACACAGCCAACACCUAACGUGUCUCCAAUAGUUACACAGCCACCACCUAACGUGUCUCCAAUAGAUACACAGCCUCCACCUAACGUGUCUCCAAUAGUUACACAGCCUCCACCUAACGUGUCUCAAAUAGAUACACAGCCACCACCUAACGUGUCUCCUAUAGCUACACAGCCUCCACCUAACGUGUCCCCAAUAGAUACACAGCCUCCACCUAACGUGUCUCCAAUAGAUACACAGCCACCACCUAACGUGUCCCCAAUAGAUACACAGCCUCAACCUAUCGUGUCUCCAAUAGAUACACAGCCACCACCUAACCCUCCACCCGACGUGUCCCCAAUAGAUACACAGCCACCACCUAACGUGUCUCAAAUAGGUAAACAGCCUCCACCUAACGUGUGUCCAAUAGCUACGCAGCCUCCGACUAACGUGUCCCCUAUAUAUACCCAGCCCCCGACUAAAAUUCCGCCCCCGACAACAACCUCGCUCUCGACGACAACCCCGUCCCCGACGACCACCCCGGUUCCGACUACAACCCCACCCCCGACGACAAUAUCGCUCUCGACGACAACCCCGCCACCGACGACAACCCCGCCCCCGACUACAACCCCGCCCCCGACGACAACACCGCCCCCGAUGACAACACCGACCCAACGACAAAACUGCCCUCGACGACUACACAAUCAGUGA